AUCGCAGAUGUGGCAAUGGUUUCUAUGGCAGAGGGUGUCGGUUCAAGUGUCGAUGUAAAAAGGGCUGUAAAAUAACAGGAACGUGUCUUAGAUACUCAGGGUGUUUGACAGGAUGGUUCGGCCGAAGAUGCGAGCACAGUAAGUUGAGUUUUUGUUAUCUAAUUGUUAUAUGGAAAAAAAAUAGUUAAAUGCCCGACAUGUAAUUUUAAGAUGGAAUAUCCAGUUGUGGUAUAGCAUAUUUACUUGUUGCAUUGGAAAUAUACUUUUAAUAUGGGAUAUCUAGCUGAACUAAUGAGAUUUUUUUAAAAGUUAUGACAUGGGAGACCUAGUUUGAAAAUAAUAAUAAUAACAAUAGAUCUUAUUUGAAAAUCACGCUUCAUCUCCAAAAGCUCGAAUCGCCAUACAAAGUCAUCCAAGACAAAUGAAAAAAAUCCAUAUUUUACCACAUUGAAAUACAAAACGCAACGUUACAAGAGCUACAUACAAGAAUACCCAUUCCAAGUCUUUCAUCCCUUGCAACCAUAAACAACACAGGCCACAAGACAUCUAGGAGAUAAUUAGCUAGUUGUAAAAGAUGAUAGACAAGAUCAUCCCAACAGGUUUUUGCGAAAUAGAUAGGUUUUCAAAUUGGUUUUUUUAAAGACUCCAGUAUCCAGUGCUAUGCUUGGAGUCACCUGUCUGGGGAUAUAAAGUGAAUCUGAAGCUGAAAAAUAACUAAAUCUGUACCUGGAUAUAACUAAAUCUGUACCUGGAUAUAACUAAAUCUUCAGCUGGAAAUUAACUAAAUCUGCAGCUGGAAUUAACUAAAACUGAAGCGGUAUAUUAACUAAAAAUGUACCUUUAUUAACGAAAUCUGCAGCUCGACAUUAACUAAAUCUAUAGCUGGAAAUUAACUAAAUCUUUACCUGGAUAUAAACGAAAUCUUUAGCUGGAUAUUAACUAAAUCUUUAGCUGGAUAUUAACUAAAUCUGUUGCUGGAUAUUAACUAAAUCUGCAGGUAUAUUUUACCUAAAUCUGUACCUGGAUAUUAACUAAAUCUUUAGCUGGAUUUUAACUAAAUCUAUUGCUGGAUAUUAAUUAAAUCUGCAAUUGGAUAUGAACUAAAGCUUCAGUUGGAUAUUAACUAACUCUGUAGCUGGAUAUUUACUAAAUCUUUAGCAGAAUUUUAACUAAAUCUUCAGCUAGAUUUUAACUAAAUCUGUUAGUGGAUAUUAACAACUAAAUCUACAGCUGGAUAUUACCUAAAUUUGUACCUAGAUAUUAACUAAAUCUGUACCUGGAUAUUAACUAAAUCUGCAGCUGGAUAUUAACUAAAGCUUUAGUUGGAUAUUAACUAAAUCUGUAGUUGGAUAUUUACUAAAUCUGUAGCAGAAUUGUAACUAAAUCUUCAGCUAGAUUUUAACUAAAUCUGUUGCUGGAUAUUAACUAAAUCUUCAGCUAGAUUUUAACUAAAUCUGUUGCUGGAUAUUAACAACUAAAUCUGCAGUUGGAUAUUACCUAAAUCUGUACCUGGAUAUUAACUAAAUAUUUAGCUGGAUUAUUAACUAAAUCUAAAGCUGGAUAUCAACUAAAUCUAAAGCUGGAUAUGAACUAAAGCUUCAGUUGGAUAUUAACUAAAUCUGGAGCUGGAAAUUAACUAAAUCUGGAGCUGGAUAUUACAUUAAUUAGAUACGAACAAGUUCUGCCAAUAUAACAAUAUAAGGAAGCUUUAAUAAUAAUUUUACAUAAUCAUAAGUAUACGUUUUGACGCAUUACUUCAUUAGUACAACAACAAAAAAUAAUUAAUAAGCAUAAAUUAAAUUUACAUAAUAAAAAUAUUUACAUAUAUCCUACCACAAAAAGGGAAGAAAAAGCGUCCCUUUAUUGUUAUAUUGACACAAAUUGUUCGUGUCUACUUCUAACUUUACCUGUAGAUGGAUAUUUACUAAAUCUAUAGAUGGAUAUUAACUAAAUCUGUAGAUGGAUAUUAACUAAAUCUGUAGAUGGAUAUUAACUAAAUCUGUAGAUGGAUAUUUACUAAAUCUGUAGAUGGAUAUUUACUAAAUCUGUAGAUGGAUAUUAACUAAAUCUGUAGAUGGAUAUUUACUAAAUCUGUAGAUGGAUAUUAACUAAAUCUGUAGAUGGAUGUUUACUAAAUCUGUAGAUGGAUAUUAACUAAAUCUGUAGAUGGAUAUUUACUAAAUCUGUAGAUGGAUAUUAACUAAAUCUGUAGAUGGAUAUUUACUAAAUCUGUAGAUGGAUAUUUACUAAAUCUGUAGAUGGAUAUUUACUAAAUCUGUAGAUGGAUAUUUACUAAAUCUGUAGAUGGAUAUUUACUAAAUCUGUAGAUGGAUAUUAACUAAAUCUGUAGAUGGAUAUUUACUAAAUCUGUAGAUGGAUAUUAACUAAAUCUGUAGAUGGAUAUUUACUAAAUCUGUAGAUGAAUAUUUACUAAAUCUGUAGAUGGAUAUUUACUAAAUCUGUAGAUGGAUAUUAACUAAAUCUGUAGAUGGAUGUUAACUAAAUCUGUAGAUGGAUGUUUACUAAAUCUGUAGAUGGAUAUUUACUAAAUCUGUAGAUGGAUAUUAACUAAAUCUGUAGAUGGAUGUUUACUAAAUCUGUAGAUGGAUAUUAACUAAAUCUGUAGAUGGAUAUUAACUAAAUCUGUAGAUGGAUAUUUACUAAAACUGUAGAUGGAUAUUAACUAAAUCUGUAGAUGCAUAUUAACUAAAUCUGUAGAUGGAUAUUAACUAAAUCUGUAGAUGGAUAUUUACUAAAUCUGUAGAUGGAUAUUAACUAAAUCUGUAGAUGGGUAUUUACUAAAUCUGUAGAUGGAUAUUUACAAAAUCUGUAGAUGGAUAUUUACUAAAUCUGUAGAUGGAUAUUGAAAAAAUUUGUUGCGUGAUUUUGUUCUUUAUCGAUAGUUAUACCUAACCUAGAGUACAUUUUUGAUAUGUAACCAAGAGUAUAGUUUUGAUAUGUGACCAAUAGUAUAGUUUUGAUAUGUAACAAAAAGUAUAGUUUUGAUAUGUAACCAAUGGUAUUUUUUUAUAUUUAACCAAUAGUAUAGUUUUAAUAUGUAACCAAUAGUAUAGUUUUGAUAUGUAGCCAAGAGUAUAGUUUUGAUAUGUAACCAAUAAUAUAGUUUUGAAAUGUAUCCAAUAGUAUAGUGUUAAUAUGUAACCUAAGAGUAUAGUUUUGAUAUUCUACUAAUAGUAUAAUUUUGAUAUGUAACCAAAUGUAUGGUUUUCAUAUGUAAGCAAUGGUAUAGUUUUGAUAUGUCACCAAUGGUAUAGUUUUGAUAUGUAACCAAAUCUAUGGUGGUAUACCAGGCCUAAUGAAUUGAGAUUUAUUAACCACAUCUGCAGUGGGAGAUGUCAACAUAAUUGGUGUGGGAGAUACAACUAUCUAUGUAGUGGGAUAACAAUCAUAGUGCAGUGGGAUAAUAAACAUGGAGUAGUAGGAUAAGAACCAUAGCGUAGUGGUAUAAGAACCUUAGCGUUGUGGGAUAAGAACCAUACCGCAGUGGGGAUAAGAACCAUAGCGUAAUGGGAUAAAGAACCAUAUCAGGGUGGGAUAGAGGAUAAAUAACACAUUUAAGUGUAAUGUCAUGUUAGGAUAUGUGCUACGAAAGGGCCAAUGACAUGAAGAGUGAAAUAAUUUCAAAGGUAUACUUUGAAAGACAAUUUGUUUAUUAAGAUAUUAGGUAGACUCUGGUUUCUGCCAGAGUAUCUUUCAGAAGAGUCUCGGGGUAUAUUCUGAUGUUGCGUUUAGACACUAAAAUUUGUAAGGCAACUUCUGUACAACGAGUGCUACCACAAGGCUGUGAAUUCAAAGAGCCUAGUUUCUUGAAAAUAUAAUAAUAACGUACGUUAUAAAAAUAGCAACCUCUACAAAAUGUUUAAGCAGAAAAGUAAAGAUCCCGAAAGCACAUGUUUAAUAAUCACUACUACAGAAUGGGUUCUCAAAGGUGGUCUCCGGGCCGGAGAGGAGGGGGGGGGGGAGUUUUUCAAACGAGUGCUACCACAAGGCUGUGAAUUCAAAGAGCCUAGUUUCUUGAAAAUAUAAUAAUAACGUACGUUAUAAAAAUAGCAACCUCUACAAAAUGUUUAAGCAGAAAAGUAAAGAACCCGAAAGCACAUGUUUAAUAAUCACUACUACAGAAUGGGUUCUCAAAGGUGGUCUCCGGGCCGGAGAGGAGGGGGGGGGGGAUGUUUUCCGGUCCUCAAAAAAUAAGCGGUGUUGACGGGCGUACGAAAGAGAAAAAAAAAGUAAUUAAUGUAGCGCCAGUGUUUAAAGGUUUGUAGAUAAAUUCCUCCUGGAUGAUCACACAUAAACAUUUGAGAGUCGUUGCUAAAGCAUGGUCUAAAAUUAUUUCUGUGGUCAUUAUUGGUGGCAUGUACUCAUAUUAACACUACCGUUUACUUAAAUAACAAAGGCGUUGAAACGACUCAGAGUGUGCGUGUUGCCUAUUUACAGUGUGUGCCCCUGGUUACUAUGGAGACAACUGUCAACAGAAGUGUCCGAUGGGCUGUGACUCCCGAGGCUGUCAUCACAUCACUGGUAUCUGUGUGAACUGUAAAACUGGUUACAUGGGUGGCUCUUGUGAUCAAGGUGACAAAAAUUAAUUUCAGCUUAAGUUUCACAUGCACGGUGAGCACUCUUUUUUAAGGAUUCUUGUCUCCCAAACAUCUGACAAAUAACACCACAGGCAUCACCACUGAAAUUAAGGUCGGGGAGGAAAGACUAGAGACUGUAGGCCGCUUCAAAUACCUAGGAGUAAUAGUCUCAGAAAAAGGCUCAAAGCCCGAACUGAUGUCCAGGAUUGCGCAGACUACAAAAGCACUAAAGAGGCUUAAGAAAAUAUGGAAGGACACAGAUAUAGCCCAGUACACCAAAAUAAGGCUGAUGCGCUCAUUAGCCCUCUCCAUUUUCCUGUAUGACUGCGAAUCCUGGACAUUAACAGCCGAUCUUGAAAAGAAAAUAAAGGAAAUGGAGAUGAGAUGCUUCAGAAGCAUUUUUGGCAUCUGCUAUAGGGACCAUAUCUCCAAUGAUACAGUGAAAAAGGGGGUUCGCCAGGCAAUUGGAGAGUACGAUGACCUACUGGUGACUGUGAAAAAACACAAACUACAAUGGUACGGCCACGUAACAAGGAAACAGCGGCUUGCCAAAGAAAUAUUGCAGGGCACCACAAGAGGAGGGAGAAGAAGAGGAAGACAAAGAAAGACAAAGAUGGGAGGAUAACAUAAAAGAAUGGACAGGACUAACACUGGGCAAUGCUGUGCGUAGUGCAGAAGACAGAGACGAAUGGAGGAGGAUAGUUCACAUGUCAUCUGGGGCGCCCCAACGGUCCAACGACUAAGGGACAUGAAGAUGGUGAUGAUGUCCCUUCAAACACGUGCCUUGAUUGCAGUACUUUUGAAGGACUUGUCUUCCAGGAUUCUUGUCUACCAAACACGCGCCUUGAUUGCAGUUCUUUUGACGGACUUGUCUUCCAGGAUUCUUGUCUACCAAACACGUGCCUUGAUUGCAGUACUUUUGAAGGACUUGUCUUCCAGGAUUCUUGUCUACCAAACACGCGCCUUGAUUGCAGUUCUUUUGAAGGACUUGUCUUCCGGGAUUCAUGAUUAUUUAAUAGUGGUUUAUCAUUUUGUCUGAACGUUCUAGUUUUAAUGAUUUUUUUUUAAACAAUUGUCUUUGUGGGAGAGCAACGGUAAGGACAGUUGUGGCAACCUGUAAAUUUUACGCUAGGUGGUAACUCUGGUGUAAUUGUAAUCCAGUUAUUUGUAUUCCAUUGUUGACAUUUCAGCGUGUGGUCGGGGAACGUGGGGUGUCUCGUGUAAACAGACCUGCGACUCGCGUUGCCUGGGUUCCACGUGCGACAAGGUGUCUGGUCUGUGUGAUGGCGGAUGUGAGCCUGGAUAUGCUCCAACUGCUUGUACUGAGGGUAAGAGAGAAAAUCAUGUUCCGCCUACUUGUUCUCAGGUUUAGAGAGAUAAUCAUAUUUCGCUUGCUUUUUAUGAGGGUAAGAGAUAAGGUCAUACUCCACUUACUUGUUCUGAAGGUAAGAAAAAAUCAUAUUCCACCUGCUUUAUUCCGAGGGUAAUAGAGAAGAUAAUAUUCCACCCUGUUCUGCGGGUAAGAGAGAAGAUCAUACUUUAUAAAUCUGCUAUUUUUUCCCUCUUGCAUUCCUUUUUUAAUUUCUCCUAAACAUUUUACAAUUUGUCUGACUAAACAAGAACCAAGCCUGUGUGUUUAACUUACUUUGAAGAAAUUUGCAUCACAUUCACAAAUUUUCUGGUACUUUGAAGACAUUUACACUACAUUCCUAAACAUCCUGGUCCUUUAAAGACAUUUGCAACAUAUUUCCCAGAUGUUUUGUAUAUAUAUAUAUUUAUGUUUUUAUACGGAGGUAAGUCAAUGUAGACUUUAUAGUUUAUCGAAAUUGAACGCAGUCGAAAUCCAAGAGUCCAAAUUCAUUUCAAACGUGUAUAUUAUGUGCAUCGGACAAUACCUUCCAUCAGUGGGUGAAUUCAAGAAGCCACAUACAAUGGUUGUUUCACUUUGCAAACCUUUCCCUGAAACGUCAUUCUCCUACGUCUUGCCGAUUGAAAUGACCGCUGGGUUUGCUAAAGGGUUGACAAGUAGACAGAUGAUUCUUUCAUUUAAAACAUCAUAUGUGUGUCUUACCGUGGAAAGAGAGUAAUAAAUUUUGAAUACGAUUUAUGUUCAUUUAUUCAACAAAGAAUUUUUUUUUUCAUUUUAAAUUUUUUUUAAGGCGCGAUGGAAUGUACUUUUAAAAUCCAUAAACUAUAUUCAAACUUAUGAAGUCGUAAAAAUAAAAAUGAAAGACAAACCGUAUACAGCUGUAUUAGAUUUAUAAAGAAUACAUUUUUUAAAAGUCAUUAGAACUUGUUUUCACUUGUUUGUAUGUUUGUUUGUGUGUUUUCUGUUUGGGCAGAAUUUGGGGGGGGGGGAGGGGGGUUAAACAACGUCUUUUUUCUUCUUUCUGUGAUGCCGUCAUUAUGUUACUGCAUAUUACACGACCACUGGGCAUUAGGGUCUGAAGCAGGGGUGGGGGUGGAGGUGGUGGUCUUCCCCGACUGCGAUAAUCCUAGCUACGCCACUGCCAACUGCCAACAACCGUCAUGUGAUGUGUUAACUUUUGCUAUAAUGUUAGAAUUAUUUUGAUAGAUCUAAUCUCCAAGGAUUUUUUUUUUCGUAUUUCACAGUUUGUUCGCGCGGUUACCAUGGUGAAAGAUGCGCCAAGAAAUGCCCAGACGGCUGUGCUGACGGAAGCUGUCAUCACGUGACUGGAGUCUGUUUCAAAUGUACACCUGGUUAUAAUGGGAGACUUUGUGACAAAGGUAGAUUUGGCAGAAUUUUGGGCGUUAGACGUCAAUUAGAUAUGUGGACAUGAGCUGCUUGACACGAGUUAAAUGUUGCCACAUGAAGUGAGCUGAUAAUGGUUUGAUCUACUCUAGUGAUGCUGGUGAUGGUUUGAUCUACUCUAGUGAUAUUGGUAAUGGUUUGAUCUACUCUAGUGAUGCUAGUGAUGGUUUGAUCUACUCUAGUGAUGCUAGUGAUGGUUUGAUCUACUCUAGUGAUGCUGGGAUGGUUUAAUCUACACUAGUGAUGCUAGUGAUGGUUUGAUCUACUCUAGUGAUGCUAGUGAUGGUUUGAUCUACACUAGUGAUGCUGGGAUGGUUUGAUCUACACUAGUGAUGCUAGUGAUGGUUUGAUCUACUCUAGUGAUGCUGGGAUGGUUUGAUCUACACUAGUGAUGCUAGUGAUGGUUUGAUCUACACUAGUGAUGCUGGGAUGGUUUGAUCUACACUAGUGAUGCUGGGAUGGUUUGAUCUACACUAGUGAUGCUAGUGAUGGUUUGAUCUACACUAGUGAUGCUAGUGAUGGUUUGAUCUACACUAGUGAUGCUAGUGAUGGUUUGAUCUACUCUAGUGAUGCUAGUGAUGGUUUGAUCUACUCUAGUGAUGCUGGGAUGGUUUGAUCUACUCUAUUGAUUCUGGUGAUGGUUUGAUCUACACUAGUGAUAUAUUCUGCAGUUUACAACCUAUCCAAAUGUGUCAAUAAUGGAAGAGCGGCAAUUUAAGAUACAUUUAAAUUCUUCAUUAGUAUCUAAUCCCUUGCCUAGUAUUUCCAAAAUAUAUGAAGUUAAAAUUUCGAAUGAAGAACAAACUUGGCCACAAAAAGUAAAAAGUAUUCAUAAUUUAAAACGGGAAUAACAUAUACUGAUAUGUAUAGUGUUAAUUUGACUCAAGAAGAUUUCAACAAUUGCAACAAUUUUAAAAAAACGUAUAAAUAAAUGUCUAUGCAAUAAAUUGUUUUAAGUAAAAAUCUUUUUUUUCUUUUUUUUUUUUAAUAAUACUGGUGACAUGAAAAGAAAAAAUUCUUAUACUACAAAUAUAUUAUAAUUUCUUUCAAAUGUUCAACGCUUAUCCCAUUUUCCCGGCUGCAGUUAUACACACGAUCCUUUAUUUCAGAAUGUGACCACGGUCAUUGGGGCCUCAACUGCUCUAGCUCGUGUAGCAGACUGUGUUUAAAUGAAUCUUGCAACCACGUGACCGGUCAGUGUGUCGAGGGGUGUGUGCCUGGAUACCUGUCACCGAACUGUGCCGAAGGUAGACAAAACUUAAAGUUUGGAUAAGAGCAGAUGCAUUGCGAAGCAUUAGGGAAUAAUUUACAUUCACGCAGCCGUCAUUUAUGACGAUAAAAUAAUUUAAAUAUAUUCAGUGGAGCUAUAUUGACUGUUAUUGUUUGUUGGUUGGUUCAUAGCUUGUCCCUACGGUUACUAUGGUAACAACUGCUCCAAAUCCUGUCCACCCGGAUGUUCGGAAGAAGGGUGCCAGGCCGAAUACGGUGACUGCUACACUUGUAUUUCUGGUUACCAAGGUGACCAUUGCGAAAAAGGUACAGUUGUUAGCUCACUAUCAUCAUAAUUUGACUGUUUGUUUCACAUCAUUGAAUUUGUUCACACUUUGUUUAACAGUAUUGACUAUUGUUACAUUUUGCUGUACGUCAUUGAUUUUGUUAACAUUUUGUUUUACAUCCUUCACUUUUGUCACAUUUUUUGGAACAUCCUUCACUUUGGUCACAUUUUCUUAAACAUCUUCAAUUGGUCAAAUUUUGUUUCACAUUUGUUUUGAUUUCAUGUCUUUAGUUCUCUAUUUGUUCCAUAGAAUGUUGCAUCUUUUUUGGGACAUCGUGAUGUGUGAUGUUUUUGUUUUGCUUUGAAAUCCUAUCAAAGUGUAUUGGAACGUAAGAUCUAAGUGUUCAACCAAUUCAUGUGAGUGGGGCAAUGGGGAAAUCAUUUUACCCUCAUAAAUAUUGGAGAAAAAUGAAAAGCUGUUUGGUGUUGACUAGGGCAACAUCACCAUCAUAGAGAAAGAUGCAGACAUUGGCGUAGAAGUGUUGUAAACAGGGGCAUGUCCACCUCAAGCAGCAUUUUUGGCCAGCUGCGUUGUUAAUAGUGAGAUACACUAAGAAAGACACUGUGAGAGCUGCCAUCGUAUUCGUAGGAUACACUGAGAAAUACACUGAGGGAGAGCUGCCAUCGUAUUCGUAGGAUACACUGAGAAAGACACUGAGGGAGAGCUGCCAUCCUAUUAGUGGGAUGCAUUGAGAAAAACUCUGAGGGAGAGCUGCCAUUCUAUUAGUGGGAUACACUGAGAAAGACACUGAGGGAGAGCUGCCAUCCUAUUAGUGGGAUACACUGAGAAAAACUCUGAGGGAGAGCUGCCAUUCUAUUAGUGGGAUACACUGAGAAAGACACUGAGGGAGAGCUGCCAUUCUAUUAGUGGGAUACACUGAGAAAGACACUGAGGGAGAGGGUUCUGUCCUAAUGGUGGCGCUGCAGGAUGAUGAAUAUUUUUUAAAAAGCCAUUUGCAAUCCUGCAUUUGAAACCAGACUGUAUUUGUGUUUUUGUAAGCACUAAACAAAAUUAAUUCGGACAACAAAACCCCCAAACACACACGCAUCCCCUGUACACACGCAUUCCCUACAUACACGUAUCCUUACACACACGCAUCCCCUUAACAAACAUGCAACUGCCACCACCUCCCCUCCCCCCACAAACACACGAACUUCAAGUGGCUUUCUUUGAAAUUUAAGUUUGAGUAAAUAUGUAACUGGAAGGAAUAUGUUGUUUCAGAGUGUGACUACGGCCAUUGGGGCCUCAACUGUUCCAACUCGUGCAGCGAUCUGUGUUUGAAUGGCUCUUGUAACCACGUGACUGGUCAGUGUGACCUAGGCUGUGUUCCUGGAUACCAGUCGCCAAACUGCGAUGAAGGUAAUGAAAUAAAACAACUUCAUAUUUUCAUUUACUUAAAGCGCAGGUGCUUUGCACUGGUGUUAGGCCUUAAAUGCUAAAUAUACGUUUUUUUUUCCUUAUCAAAAGUAUUUUAAAUGAGUAUUAAUACCCGUAACCAGCUGUAAUAUCUUAUUCAUUACAAUUCUAAUAGAAGAAAAAAAGAACAUGUUAAAAAUCAAUCUAAAUACAUGGUGACGGCUGAGUUGUCCAACGAUAAAUUUCUAACAACGACUCCUAACUAGGAAUAUAAAACUCGUUAAAAUACAUAGAGUAUCACAUUCAGUUUGUGUUUUUGUUGUUUAUCUGGGUUUUUUGUUAGGUUUUUCUUUUUUCUUUUUGUUUGUUGUUGUUGUUGUGAAACGUAAGUAAUUCGUUAGUACGAAACUUAAUUCAUUAAAAAAAAAAAUUAGAUUUAAAGAUAAAUAAAUAAAAACUAUCAACUUAGUACUGGCAGCACCUUGACACUUAAAAGUAGAAAAAACACACAAAAAUUGAUGACGUCACUUAAAUUAAUGAUAAAAUGGAUCGAGCGAUGUAGGUGAAGUGGAAAACUCUCAAUAUUUUUGUGACCGAAGAUAGAAAAAUUGGUUUUCUUGGUAGUUUUAUAUCUCUUCUUUCUUAUUCACUUAACUUUAAGACUUCACACACAUGACAGAAAAAUAUUUUUUGUUCUCUCUUCCCUGCGGCAGAAUGUAGUCGUGGUUACUAUGGCAACAAUUGUUCUAAGACAUGCCCUUCCGGUUGUUUGGACGGCGGUUGUCAACCCGUGACCGGCUCCUGUCACACCUGUACACCUGGUUACCUCGGUGACGUUUGUGACACAGGUAUGACAAUAAGAAACUAAAUUUUGUACAAAAAAAUGUUUUCGAAUUAAUGUUGUUCAGAUGGAGGUUAGUUCGAAGCUAACUUUCUUUGAUCGGAAGAAAUUAAAUUAAAAAAACACACAAAUAAAAACUACUAAAUGGCUAACGAUUUUCCCUUUGUUUCAUUCGCAACCAAUCUUUAAAAAAACAUUUUUUUUUUUUAAUAUUUUUUUUUGUUAAAUUUUACCAAAAAAAAAAAAUUGAAAAAAUUUCGCUGUAUAAGAAAUUUCGUUUUUUUUUUUAAAAAUGUAUUCCUUUCAAACAAACAUCCUUUGUAAAUCUUUAAAAAAACAUUUUUUUUUUUUAAUAUUUUUUUUUGUUAAAUUUUACCAAAAAAAAAAAAAAUUUAAAAAAUUUCCCUUUAUAAGAAAUUUCGUUUUUUUUUUUAAAAAUGUUUUCCUUUUAAAAAAAAAUUUUUUUUUCUAAUUUUUUUUUUUUUUUUUUUUUUUUUUUUUUUUUUUUUUUUUUUUUUUUUUUUUUUUUUUUUUUUUUUUUUUUUUUUUUUUUUUUUUUUUUUGAAUUUACAAUUUCCGGCGAUGAUGGAUCUUUUUUAAGCAACGUGUUCUCUUAUUGGGAGCCCAUGAACGAAAACUAUUUUCAAUGCGUCUUAAUUUUCGUAAACACCCAUUUAAUUAUGCAUGAGUCAAUAGGCUUUGUAAGAUUACCUUUGAGGUCAUUGAAUGACUUUGUGUUCGUCUUCAUCAGCCUGCGCUGAUGGUUACCAUGGCAACAACUGCUCCCAGGCCUGCCCAGACGGCUGCUCGGAUGGAGGAUGUGACCAUGAGACCGGAUACUGCUCCGCCUGUAUCACGGGACAUCAGGGUGAUGUGUGUGACGAAGGUACUGAGUGGGAACUAAAUUUUCUUUUUCAUCGAGACCAAGCUCCAUCGUGUGUCAUCGCGCGUGUUAUAUUUUCGUUAUAAGCUUGUGUUAAGGCAACAUUAACUUUCACUCAUAAUGGCAAACCUAGAGAGUUUUGGCUCAAGUUACCGGCAACUCGGGCGUUACCGGCGCGUCAUGUGCUCAGGGCGCCAUCAACGAUCUUCCAAAAAAGGAAAACUCAUUGCAUGUGGGCGCCCUGGUAGAAAAAUAGGAAGUGUAAAACAAAAGAAAAUGCUGAUCUAAAAGUUUGGGGAAGAAUGUCAUUAUUAGGCGAUGUGUUCAUACUGUCAACGGUAGGCUAAUUGUUCCUACUGGCCACAGUAGGCUAAUUGUUCCUACUGCCCACAGUAGGCUAAUUGUUCCUACUGCCCACAGUAGGCUAAUUGUUCCUACUGGCCACAGUAGGCUAAUUGUUCCUACUGCCCAAAGUAGGCUAAUUGUUCCUACUGGCCACAGUAGGCUAAUUGUUCCUACUGCCCACAGUAGGCUAAUUGUUCAUACUGGCCACAGUAGGCUAAUUGUUCCUACUGGCCACAGUAGGCUAAUUGUUCAUACUGCCAACAGUAGGAUAAUUGUUCCUACUGGCCACAGUAGGCUAAUUGUUCCUACUACCCACAGUAGGCUAAUUGUUCCUACUGCCCACAGUAGGCUAAUUGUUCCUACUGGCCACAGUAGGCUAAUUGUUCCUACUGCCCACAGUAGGCUAAUUGUUCCUACUGGCCACAGUAGGCUAAUUGUUCAUACUUCCCACAGUAGGCUAAUUCUUCAUACUGCCCACAGUAGGAUAAUUGUUCAUACUGCUCACAGUAGGCUAAUUGUUCAUACUGCUCACAGUAGGCUAAUUUUUCUUACUGUGAAAUUUCACAUUAGGAAAAACAAUGUCCCUGUUCAUUUGUUCAUUUAAAAAAAAAAUACCUAGGUAACAAACACAUUAACUGAUUCCGAAUUUUUUUCCUUGCACAAAUUUGUAUGAUUAUACUUAAAACGGGUGCCAAAGUUAAGCUGGCCCAGGGCGCUAAUACCAUAGAACAUCAGUUUUGAUCCCUUGUUAAAUAAAGUCACAUUCUGGUUGGCAUGAUGUUGAAACGUCCCAUAGAACCGUGUCCACCGCUUAUGUUGUUAUGGACAUGGCUACGGGCAGUGACGUUCAGAGGUCGAGCACAGAUUUAUUCUAGGCUUAAUGAAAAAAUAUUGUAAUAAAAAUAAUAAAAAACAUAAGUAAGAAAAUGCCUCCCCCCCCCCUUUCUUAUAAUGUAAAAAAAGUGCGGAGCCCACACUUCUUUCGAACGUUUUGGCUGUGUUUUAAAUUCACCCUUAGCCAUGUCACAGAGACCCAUUCUGUCACUUAGCCAUGUCACGGAGACCCAUUCUGUCACUUAGCCAUGUCACCGUGACUCUCUCUGUCACUUAGCCAUAUAACCGAGACUCAUUAUGUUACUUAGCCAUGUCACUGAGAUACACUCGGUCACCUAGCCAGGCCACCGAGACACACCCUGUCCCUUAGCCAUGUCACCGAGACUCCUUCUGUCACUUAGCUAUGUCACCGAGAGACUCACUAUGUCCCUUAGCCAUGUCACCGAGACACACUCUGUCCCUUAGCCAUGUCACUGAGACUCACUUGGGCAUUACGACACUUUCUAAUUUAAAGAAAAGCAGAGGAAUUAUCGGGGAGAGGGGGGUUAAACCUAGGUGGCAUGGGGCAACACCAACAUUUAUUACGGCGUAAAUGCGGUCCAAAUAUAGAGUGACCUUUUUUUUUUUUUUUUUUUUUUUUUGAGUUUUUUUUUUUUUUUUUUUUUUUUUACGAGUAUUUCUUAAGGUGUAGAGGCAUUGGAAAUAAAUAGUUCAUUUAUUUUUUAAAAACUUAAAAUAUGUCCUAUCUCUACAACACACAAUUCAACAUCAUUUCUAAGACACGACUUUGACACCAAUCGGACCUCUUUGACACAUCUUUGACAUAAAUUUGUAAAAGUUUAAACACUCAUAGAAUAUUAAUAUUAGUAUGAAGUUGUCCGACAGCAUUUUUUUUAAAUUGCAGAAUGUUACAAAGGUUACUAUGGAACCAACUGCUCCCAGCUUUGUUCGGUCGGGUGCACGCGAGAAGAGUGUGACCACAAGACCGGUCACUGCUUCAGCUGUGUUCCCGGUUACCAAGGCGACACGUGUAACACGGGUAAGUUUGUUUCUUUAUGUGGUCAUCCGGGUGAUCCAAUCGGCCAGCUCACAUUUUAAUUUGGCCUGUACUUAUUGUGUAUCGAAUGCAUGUUUUGUUUGGUUGUUUAUAUAACAUGACUUCUUUAAAGCAAGAGUACUUUAACCAGGACGCGGGGGUCAAUGGUGGGAGAAAGAACCAGAAAAUCAGAUUUAGUUGCAUUUUUUAACAUUAAGCUGCAGCAGAUUGUUUAUGGUGAAAUGUGUUGUUGCUUUAUUUGUUCUAGUGCAUUGAGUUUUUACGUAGUGUUAAUUAAAGAAGGAACUAUGAAACAUGGCAUAACCAUUAGAUCACGACCAAUGCCUCUUUUUAACAUUCAACUUGUUGGAACCAUUCUGGGUUGGAAAAACUGUUAAGACUUAAGACGCCGCCGUCAUUUCAAUUUCAGAAUGCGACCACAGCCGGUGGGGCAUCAACUGCUCAAACUCGUGCCACGCGCUGUGCUCGAACCGCUCUUGUGAUCACGUGACUGGUCAGUGUGUUGACGGCUGUGAACCGGGAUACCAGUCAUCGAACUGUACCGAAGGUGAGAGAUUAAAUGAAAAUAAUACGUCAAUUAUAUCCAAAUAGUGGAAACGUCGCUUAUAUAUGUAAAUGGCACCAUUUUUUUUUUACCCAACAUUUCUGAAUUGUUUAUUUCUUUUAGGGAUGUCGCACCAUACCGACCAACUCAACAAACUUAGACCAACGGACCCAAUUAUAACUAAUAAACAUUGAAAUUUUCCAAAUAUAUUUUUCUGUAAUUUUGUAGAUCAGGCGGGAGAGGACAAUCGAGAAAGAGAUCGUGUUAGUACAUAAAUAAAUAAAUAUUUGGCUGGGUGGAUUGAUGAAUGGAUGGAUGGAUGGAUGAAAGGAAGUAUGGACGGAUGGAUAGGAAUGUUCCCUUCAAGCUGCGCGGCUGCGCAGUUAACUCACAGAUUCCGCGCAGCAGUUUUGAGUAUCCGAGCAGCAAAUUUCCAUGUAAAUGUGUGUUUGUGGGCUAUACAAUUUUGCACACACAAAAAAUUGAUGCUGUAAAACUUUGCACACAAUUGUAUGAUUUUGCACACGAACCAGCAAACCUUGGAGGGAACAUUGAUGAAUAGAUAUAUAGACCGAUUGAUAGAUAAACAGACAGAUUAACGGAUUGAAAGAUUGACAGAUAAAAAUAUAGAUUAUAUUGAAAGAUACUUAGAUAUAUUGAUAGAGAGGCGGACGACGGAUGGGUGGAUGGAUGGAAAAUAGUCUAUUUUGGAAAGAGAAUGGGCCACAUCAUCACGUUUUGCUCUUUUAAAAAGAAAACACAGUGCACAGAAUACAAAGCUAAUUAAGCAGAUUGACCUGAGGUCAGAUUGAAUGCAAGAAAUACAACCAGACACCAAAAAGGGAGAUAAAAGAAGCCACUUCCAGGGACAAGCUACUCACGGAAAUGUGGACAUGCCGCCUAUAUUAUGUUGGUUUGUUAAUCUUUCUUUAUCAGCUUGCGGUUUUGGUUACCAUGGCAACAACUGCUCCCUGGCCUGCCCCGACGGCUGCUCGAGCGCGGGAUGUCACCCUGUCACGGGCCAUUGUCUGAGUUGUGGUCCUGGUCGACAAGGAGACCACUGUGCCGAAGGUGAGUUGGAGACUUUGACGAUUUCCGAAAGAUGUGUGUUUGGAUGAUCCUCGUUUUAGAGUGGGUCACUUUAACUUAUUGAGGUUUCCAAAAUAUCUUUAACAAAAUUAAUUAAAUCAUAUAUAUAAAUUUCAAUUUUUUCUUCUUAAAAUAGGAAUUGCGAUUUGUGUACCGUUGAGAUUAUAUAAAAACUGUUAGUUAUAAGAGAUGUUUCUACAUUAAUAUGGGGGUUGAAUGUCCAAUUAGCAUACAUUCUUUAACCCUAUUUAGAGAAUUUUAUUUUUUGUAACCUUUUACAGUAAACUUUUAUUGGUUGCUCUCUUCUUUGAUAGCUUUCAUGUAUACUUUUCUUAAUGUUUCUUUUUUUUUACAUAGCUUGUGACUUUGGAAAGUGGGGUCAGAACUGUUGUCAGUCAUGUGACACGAAGUGUUUAAACAACUCGUGUGACCACGUGACUGGUCAGUGUGACCAGGGUUGUGUGGCUGGUUACCAGACGCCGUAUUGUACUGAAGGUAAUCCAUCACUUUUGUUUCUUUACUAAAAUCCACACACCGAGAACUAAACUAUUUUAUAAAAAAGAAGACGAUGCAUGCGCACAAUGGUGCGCAAUAUGGGGUGUUAUUGACACAGUGACACAGUUUAAUCACAAGAAGAUACCUUUUUCACCUGGGUCGCACCUAAAAAUGAAGUGCAAUUUUAGUGCUCGAGACAAGUAAUCUGAUAAUAGUGCACUUAAUUCAAAAGUUAAUGAAGCAGUUUGGGGUUAGUAAAGGCGGAGAUUAAUUUUGAACCGAAAUCCAUGAGCAUGAACGAUGCUAUGAGAAAAUACGAUGCACUUCAGAGGGUCCCGCUGCUUCCUUCUGCGGAAAUGUGAAUUUACGCCGUAUUAAAAAAAAAAAAAAAGUAUUUUUGAAUGCCCUUUUUUCAUCUUUAUCAGCAUGCCUUCAUGGUUACCAUGGCAACAACUGCUCUCAGGUCUGCCCCGAUGUCUGCUCAAGUGAAGGAUGUCACCCUGUCUCUGGCUACUGUCUCACCUGUAUCCCUGGGCAUCAAGGCGAUCUCUGUCAUGAGGGUAAGUUUGGCGACAUUGGCGCUGCUAAGAAAUGAUGUCAUCGAUCGUUGUUUUUUUAAAGUGGGCCACUCUUUCUGAUGUGCCAAAUUUUCGAAACAGUUUAAACCUAUUUAAACAAAAUACUAUGGUCGUAAAUAAGAUUCAAUUUUUUUUUUUUUUUUUUUUUUUUUUUUUUUUAAAAUUUUUAUUUUUUUUUUUCUUUUAAUAAAUGUUUUUUUAAAGUGGGCCACUCUUUCCGAUGUGCCAAAUUUUCGAAACAGUUUAAACCUAUUUAAACGAAACACUAUGGUCGUUAAUCAGAGUCAAUAUUUUUUUUUUUUUGUUUAUUUGCUUUAAAAUUAUUAUUUUUUCUUUUCUUUUAAGAAGGCAUGCGCUAUUUUUAUACUUCAAAAACAAAAUUGAUGAAUUUGUCAUUAAAUAUAACUGAGGAAAGGAGUUCGAUAGUUCCAAAAUUAAAAUAAAUGGUCUGUGGUAGGGGUAUCCCAAGGUUUUGUUAGCUACAUGCAGAUGAUUUGCCUAAUUUAUUAACUUUAAAAAGUCAAGUCGCUGAAAAUGUUUCCAGGGUCAGGCAUCUCUCUCUCACUCUCUCUCUCUCACUCUCUCUCUCUCUCUUUCGAGGGGGGGGGGAAGUCAAGUGACCCCUCUCCGGGAGCAAAUUGGGUAUAAACAAUGGAACGAUUAUAUAUUUUUAAAAUAAAAAAACGAAAAAUUGUCAUUUUUAAACAGUUUCAGGAAGAAUAGUAACUGGUGGCUUUAUCCGAUUACGAUUAAUGGAAUCUAUUAAAUAUCGCUACACUCAAUAGAUUGAUGAUCCGUAUAUUUAAAGCUAAUCUUGUAUUAGGCUAAUAGUAUUCGAUUAAAAAUAUCGUACUGUUCGCUUUUUAUUUUGAGCCGAAUUCUUACUUCCCAUUGUCCACAAUCGGUAUUUUUAAAAAUGUUUCUAUUUAUUUUUUUUAUUUUUUUAUUUUGUUCGAAAUUCACACAUUUAACGACUUUAAUAACACUACAAUAAAGUACCUUUACAUCAAGACCAAGGAGUACAAUUCUAAGAAUAUUUCUCGCCAAGCAUCAAACAUACACAGUCUAUGUUUUAAUCAUAUUUCCUUAUAAACCUUUACUUUUAAAGUAGGGAUAGGUGUUAAUUAUAAAUUGUAUGAUGAUAUUAGCCUUUAAAAAAAUAUUUUGAUUGGCAUAUCUAUAAAUCUUUUCGAUGCCAUGAAUGUUGAAUUACAAGAAAUGAAUACUUUAAAAAUUUAGAGCUAUUUUGUUUUUAAUUGAGAAUUCAACGGGCGCAUACAAAUAGUGGCACUUUCAGCAAUUAUUAUAUUGAAAAGUUUAUUUUUUCUUUAAAAGUGCUACGUUUAUAACCAAGUUUCCUGAAUAACAGAGGUUUAAACAAAUAGUUAACCAAUGUUUAUUAAAUUCCCACCUGCUUUUAUAUUUUUAAUAUUAGAAUAAAAACAAACUGCCCCCCAUCUGUUUGAAAGGAUUAUUUUUAAAAAUAAUGUUUUUUCAAGAUCAAAAACGAUAAGAAAGCUGAAAUAAUGAGGAUGAACUGGCAUUUCGAUUAUCAUGCGAAUUCCAUUUUUUUUGUGUUGAUACUUUUUUUUUUACAAUAAAUUCUUUUUCUUAAUUUGUUAAUUUAAAAUAAAUUCUGUUGAUUUUGGGGGAAAUUAUUUAAAGUAGAUCUAAUUUGCAAUGUUCAAUUUAUCUGAAAAAAGUUAUAGUAGAUUGUAACACAUCUACUCUGACAUGGCGUGGGAUCUUAUUUCUUAUGCUGUGGGUUAUGUCAGUAGUAUGGUUACUUAUGUUAAUACUUCAGGAUGCCGACUAAGUCUUCUUCAUUCUUUCACUUAUUAUCCAGGCACGUAAAGAAGAAUACUCAAUUCUGGUUAAAACUCACAGUACUUUAUUGAACACACUUUAUACUGAUAAUAUUAAUGAUAAUCCUUGCAUGAAUGUAAUUUCACAUAUAUAUAGAGUAUUAUUCCAUCAUUCAGAAAGACACGUCCUCACACUACUAUAACUCAGCUCAACUGUCUAAUCACACAGCUCUCCUAGCUCUACUGUUCUCUACUGCUCUGCGCUCAGCUCUCCCUAUAUCAGUCAACUCAUACUUUAUUACCAGCAAAGCGUGGAAAACAACCGCUCUGACAAAAACAUAAUUUUACUCUCCAAAAACGUGGAGCUCACAUUGUCCUCUAAAAAUACAAUUCAUUGUCCUCGUGGACAAAACAUGGUCAACAACAUUCACUGUUCACUCAUGCUACCUCUCUGUUUUCAUGUGAAAACAUUGCCCGUUACAUAGAUUAUUCAAGAUGAAAAAAAAAUUCAAUCAACUGAAAAUUGGGAACUAUUUUAUAAACAACUUAUUUCUUCCUUGCAUGACAAUGCUGUUUAUAUACGAUUUUUAAAAAAAAAACUAUUAGUUUAGAUAACCCAUAAAAUGCAUUGACUUUUCUAUUGAACGAUUUUUUGAUUUCUCUUGUUUUUGAUUAUGGUAAAACUUGGAAAUAUUUAGCAAGGUUAAUUAGUUCAUGUAGGCUGACUAUUAUAAGACCUUUAUUUCAUUUGUGUUUAGCUUAUAAAUUGAUGUUAGCGGUGCUUUUGUUAAGACACAUUUUUCUAAAAUUCAUUUAUUAACUAAUGUAGAUAUCACCAAAAAGGUUUAAAUUUUUAAAAAAAAUGAAAGCCACAUACUAUUUAAUAAUAUAAACAUUUUUUUUUGCAUAACACAACUAUGAAAAGCGGAGUUGUCACAAAACAUUUCGUGUGCCCUUUUGCCACUUUUUUCUUUUGUCAUCUACCAUCUUGCAUUGAAAGAUUAUUAAUAAGGCAACAUCCACAUCACAUCUAAAAACCUUAAAAUAUCUGAGGCUCACUGCAGUUGUUAGGAUUGCUGAGGUUAAAAGAUGUUUCUAAUGUUAAGUGACACAUACAAUUUUUAAACUAGCAUUUCUUCCGUUUCUCUCCCAGUGUAGAAUGUUGCAAAACUUAAUUUGAAAUAUUUACUAAAAUGUAUAAUAAAACACUGAAUACAGGUAUAAUCCAAAAUGCACUUUUUGAUUUUAUAAUCAGCCAAAUCUUCUGGUAAGGGCUCGCCAGACCCCCACCUUUCAAUCAAGAGGAAAAGUACCCUCAAUUUCUGCCCUUCUUCCCUAAAAGUGUUAAAAUACUUUUGGCGCUGUUCAUAGUUUUUGUUAAUGAUAUAUUCACUACCUAAUGAAGUAGCUAGUGUUAGAGCUGAUAGAUAACACUAAUUAUUGGAGUAGCUUGUGUUAGUGCUGAUAGAUACACAGCCUAGCGGAGUAGCUAGCAUUAGUGCUGAUAGAUACACUACCUAGUGGAGUAACCAAUGUUAUUGCUACCCUAGACUGGCAAAGACGUAUGCCACGUUCCCAUUAACGAUACAAACUCUGCAUUUGUCAUAAAAUCCUUCCCCUCCAUAUGAAGAGUAAAUUUUCAAAUGCUGUUAUCUCCAUUUUUGGUGUUUUGAGAUAAUCGACUUUUUCUGCUACACAAUGAUGGCUCAAAUUUUCGGAAAAGUAUAUGUUAAUUUAGGUAUAUAUUCAAAAUAUAAGUUAGAUUAUGAUGAAAAUUGAAGUGGAGUUGGAUUAAAAUGUAUUUCUUUGCUUGGUUGAUUUUCUUAUUUCGUUUCAAAAUGUUGUGUAUCCAGUUGUAACUUAGCGACAAAAUGCUGUAUAUCCAUUUUGAUAGCAGAACAUUACUCCCAGUAGCAAAUAAUUCAAGUUGUUUAUAGGUUACAAACCACUAACAUAACAAAAUAAAAUUAAAUUGUAUCAUAUAGAUUAUAUAAUUGUGUAUGAUUAAGUUUUUUAUUGAUAUAUUUCAACAGAACAUGCUGGGAAGUCGCUUGUAAUAGUAUAAUGUUUAGAGUGCUAUAGGUUUGCAUGAUUUGUUUUUAUAAAUCUGAAUUCUAAACAAAAGUAAACAAGAUACUGUUCAAUUAAAAAAUCAUUUUAUUUGAAAUUAGAACAACGAUGCAAUAGAAAAUAUUGAAGUGUCUGAUUCAGAGUGUGCAUUAUCUUUAAUAUCAGUAUUGCUUUGUUCCAGGAAAAGUUGAUGGUUCUUAUUUAUUACAUUCAAAUCAGAGGGCAAAUAUUUCUGUCCUUGAGCAUGCUUUCUUCUGUAAUGGCUUGAUCUGCAUGUAAAAGAUUGAAUGUGUAAUAAAUAGCAUAGCUAACUCUGUAAAGCAACUUUCUAUUUUCAUUUCCUGAACACUUCUGAUGUGAAGUAACCAUAACAAUUAUAAUAAUAAUGUAAACAACUUUUUAUUUUCAUUUCCUUAACACUUCUGAUGUGAAGUAACCAUAACAAUUAUAAUAAUAAUGUAAACAACUUUUUAUUUUCAUUUCCUGAACACUUCUGAUGUGAAGUAACCAUAACAAUUAUAAUAAUAAUGUAAACAACUUUCUAUUUUCAUUUCCUGAACACUUCUGAUGUGAAGUAACCAUAACAAUUAUAAUAAUAAUGUAAACAACUUUCUAUUUUCAUUUCCUGAACACUUCUGAUGUGAAGUAACCAUAACAAUUAUAAUAAUAAUGUAAACAACUUUUUUUUUUUAAUAAAGUUACCGGUAAGUCACCAUUGCAGAACCAUUUCUCGUGAUUACACGUCACCGAGGGGAGCUUUCCUCUUGCUGGAAUGACGAAAUAAUUUUUCUUUUUCUUUUGUUGAGCUUUUUUUCUUUCUUUUUCGAGAUUUUAUAAUACAAACAACUCUUUCACCCAGGCCGUUGUUAUGCACCGUGUUUGUUGUUGUUUCGCGUCGUGGUGUUUACUGCGCAUGCGCAGAAAGCCGCAGAAUAGCUUGCCAAUCACAUGGAUUGGUCUGAAAAUAUAUACAGCAUUUUGAUAAUAAUAAAAAAAAUUCACACCAAAUUUUGAAAAUAAAUUCAUUUUUAGAUAUAGAAUAAUAUAGGAUUAAAAAAUGUUAUGUAGAUAAACUUUAACAUGUCCUAAAGGAGCCGGGUUUGCUCCACAAGAAUAUACAGUUAUCUCAUUUUUUUUUUCGAAAAUGGCGGAUACCGCGUUUUGAAAAUGGACUCUUCAUAUAUAGAAAAUUGACAUUAUAUCUGACAACCCAAACCGCCCCACUUGCAGAGGCGUACCUACAGUGUUUAGCGCCGAUGGACAUAGAUUCUAUUUCACCUAGGGACAUUUUUUGGAAAGAAACACAGGUUUCUUCGUCUAGAAUUAAGUUUACUUCCGUUUAAGGCCAUCUACGUUUCUUUGAUAACUAAAGAAUACCUAAAGUAGCCUAAUGAUUCUUCUUUUCAGAAUGCGAUUUUGGUCAGUGGGGUCAGAACUGUAGUCAGUCAUGUGACAUGAAGUGUUUAAACAAAUCUUGUGACCAUGUGACAGGGCAAUGUGACAAGGGCUGUGUGGCCGGCUACCGCUCACCGAAUUGUACUGAAGGUAAGACAUCAUUUUCUUUUUCUUUUUUUCUUUCAAACCUGCACACACCGGUAAUUUCUUGCAAAAGUUGUGGCGGACAGUGGUUCUCAACAUUGGGUUUUAUGGACAUGGUACGUUACUAGAGAAUAUUUUUCUUUUUUUUGUGGGGGGGGGGGGAGGGGGAGAGAGCGAUGAUGAACCUAAAAAUAAUAUGAAGUGGCAAAACUUGUGAAAUGCGAUGUAAAAUUAUUUGGCACACAGACAUCAUUUGGAAUGACACUACUUAGAAAGCUACUGAUAAAGACAUUACCAAUAAGUUCGUAGAGUAGAAUGCUACAAAGGUAUUUGUAUCCAAUUAUUACAGCUUCCAAUUACAAUUAUUCGCAGAAUGCCCAGAUGGUUACUAUGACAAGAACUGCUCUUCAACGUGCCCGGAGAUGUGUUACGAUCGUGACUGUGACCCCGUGACCGGUCACUGCAUAACCUGUGUUCCUGGUUACCAAGGUGAUUUCUGUAAUUUUGGUAAGUUUAAAUAUUAAUUUUUUUAAGGUGUAAAAUAAAGUGUUUAAAUAGUAGCUAAAAUGGUCAUAAAUGGAAGUGCUUAAAUGUUGUUUAAAAUUGUCAUAACUAGAAGUGUUCAACUGGCGGCUGAAAUGGUCAUAACUAGAAGUGUUUAAAUGUUGGCUGAAAUGGUAAAUUCGAAGUCUUUAAAUGGUGACUGAAAUGGUCAUAACUAGAAGUGUUUAAAUGCUGGCUAAAAUGUUCAUUACUAGAAGGAUUUAAAUGGUGGUUGAAAUGGUCAUAAAGAGAAGUGUUUAAAUGGUGGCUGAAAUGGUCAUAAUUAGAAGUGUUUAAAUCAGGGGUCUCAAACUCGCGGCCCGCGGGCCAUUUGCGGCCCGCAAAAGGUUAUUUUGCGGCCCCCUAGAGCACAGAAAACUUUAGUGUUAAUGCAGCCCGCACGUUUGCUCAAUUCUCAUAUCUACAUCGCGACAGUUUUAGUCGACUCUCACAUAUGAUUGUCAUUCUUAUUUAUUAUGUUUGUAUAGGUUUGGGCCUUGAUUUUAAUGGCAAAAACCGUUUUAAAAUCGGACUUAUUUAAGUUUUAUUUAUAGCAUUUUAUGAGAAAAACAUGGUGAAGUGCGGUUAUGAGAAAAGUUUAAAAAGUUAGUUAGCUUGUAAUUUACAACAAUAAUUGUGUAAAUUGCUGCAAUCUGGCACAUUAUCAAAGAAUCCCUAUUAAUAUUGUAGCUAGUGUGCACGAGUGAAGGAAAUUCCGAGGCUUUCAGCUUAGUCACUUUUGAAAUAGGGUUAGUCAAAAAGGCCUUUACUACAAUAAAAAAAUCCACAUUCAUUCCCCCUGAAAUUGCAUCUUCCUUCGCAUCAACAAUUCAUAAAUAUUGACUGCUCUUGCCUACUGUUUAAACACAUUUUAGCAUUUAAAGCUUUCAUUAAGAUGGAUGAAGUGUUUUUUCUUGUCAUAAGUAAUCCCAAAUGGCUCAUGGACUUGGCUUUUUUUGUUGGAAUUACUCAGAAGCUGAAUAUCCUCAACAAGAAGUAACAAGACCAGGGGUAGCUUGUUAGUUUUGCCAAUAACAAUGUUAGGGCAUUCUGCACAAAACUUGUGUUAUGGUUCUUAAAGAAACAUCUUCCAUUUCCCAACAUGCAGAGUACUCAUGGACUCGGGUAUACCAUUCAGAUGUAAGUAUAAUGAUGCCUUUGCAAAGCUACAGGAAGAAUGUGAUCGCAUGUUUUAAGACUUCAAAAAAACCACAGAGUCACUUUUCAACUUUUUGCUGACUUUUUCUCAUUAACGUGGAAGAUGCCCCCACCCCCCUUUUUUAAAAUGCGCUUCAGAUGUAGCUGAUUGAUCUUUAGUGUUAUUCUGAACUCAAGGCUAAAUUCAGGGAGGUGAAUAGAAAAACAGACAAGCGUGAAAAAUUUAUGAGAACAUUGUUCUCCACCUUUCCUGAGAUUUCCAGGUUGUUCAAGCGGAUUAAAUGCCUUUUUUCGAGUACCUAUCUGCGUGAUUAGCUCUUUUCCACCAUGAACUUUAACAUGCCAAAGUUCAGGGCCAAACUUACUGAUGAGCAUUUUCAAGGUAUUCUGAGGGUCUCAUUUGCUUCCGCACUCAAGCCAAAUGUUGCUUACCUGUGUAAGAAGAAGCUCUGCCAGGUCUCUGGCAACAAGGAUUUGGAGGAAGAAAAUGAAGCGUAGUUCUUGAGAACACUUAAUGUUUUAUUUUCUAUUAAUAAAGGUUGAGCGAAUUGUAACGGUUUUACUUUAUUGAAUUUGUAAUCGCAUUUUUUGUGAGAAAUACUUGGUGCGGCCAGCCUCACUUAGAUUUUACCUCUUGCGGCCCCCAUAUAGUUCGAGUUUGAGACUCUUGGUCCAAAUAGUCUCUGAAAUGGUCAUAACUAGAAAUGUUUUAAUGGUUGCUGAAAUGGUCAUAACUAGAAGUGUUUAAGUGGUGGCUGAAAUGGUAAUAACUUUACAUGUUUAAAUACUCUCUGAAAUCGUCAGAGCUAGAAAUUUGUAAAUAGUGGCUGAAUGGUCAUAAUUAGAAGUGUUUAAAUGUCGCUGAAAUGGUCGUAACUAUAAGAGUUUAAUAGGUGGCUGAAGUGGUCAAAUGGUGGCUGAAAUGGUCAUGAAUAGAAGUGAUUAUAAUGUGUUUGAAAUGGUCAUAACUGGAAGUGUUUAAAAAGCAACUGAAAUGGUCAUAAAUAGAAGUGUUUAUAUGGUUGCUGAAAUGGUCAUAACUAGAAGUGUUUAAAUGGUAGCUUAAACGGCCAUAAAUAGAAGAUUUCAAAUGCUCGCUGAAAUGGUCUUAACUUUCAAAAAAACGUGCCGGGAACCAUGGUGUAUCAUAAGACCAGAAAAUUCAACCAUUUUAAUUUUAAUAUACAACAAUUUUGAGUUAAAUUGGAAAAAUUUAGUUGUUCCUUUUAACAAUGUUUUUCAUCUUUUAUUUGGGAGUCUUUACAGUGGUAACAUAUUGGGUAUCCCGACAAAGGAGAAAUUUGAGUGUGUCCUCAUAAUGGGCACAUGUUAGGGUUUUACAUCAAAGAAGACAUUGUAAGGUGUCCUUAAAGUGUUUCCAUCGUCCUGAUAGCUUCACUCCCAUGAGAGAGAGAAAGAGAUAGAAAGUGUGAGAGAGAAAGUGAGAGAGAUGCAGAGAGUUAUAGAGACAGAAAUAGAGAGAGAAGGAGAAAUGAAAAAAAAAUGAGAGAGAAAAAAGAUGAUGGGCAAGAAAGAGGGAUAAAAAGAGAGAGAGAGAGAACUGGAGAAAGAUAAAGAGAGAGAUAAAAAGAGAGGUAGAGAGUAAGAAAGUGAGAGAGAAAGAGUGAGAACGAGAGUGAGAGAGAAAGAAAGAGAGAAAGAAGGAUACAUAGAGAGAGAGAGAGAGAAAUGGAGAGAGAGGGAAUAUUGUGUGUUUAAAUUACUUUUUAUUUUUACUUUCAGCAUGUGACCACGGUCAGUGGGGACUCAACUGUUUCAACUCCUGUCAUACUCUCUGUAUGAAUAAAUCCUGUCAUCACGUCACUGGUCAUUGUGACAGUGUUUGUGAGUCUGACAACCCGUCAUCCAACUGUACGCAAGGUAAGAAAAAAUGAAAAUUAUUACCGAAAGGGACUUUUGUAUUUUUACUAAUUGCAACAUAAGAAAUACUGCUACCAACAGUGGAGGUUCCUAUUCAACAGUCAGAUGGUGUCAAGGGUAUUUACUGUUCAUCAAAACACUUCAUAGAGUAAAUAAAAGAGAUUCAAAACUCAGCUAGGUUAGUUUUAAAGUUUAAAAAAAAAAACGUGAGCACGUCAAUCCACUACUCCACUCACUUCAUUGGUUCCUUUAAAAACACGUAUAGACUACAAAAUCUCUGUUCUCUGCCACAAAUUUUUCUCGGAUUCCUGCCCUGCCUAUCUCAGCGACCUUCUUUCUGUCUAUGCAACCCUUCGACAGCUUCAUUUCUCCGCAGACACGCGUAUUCUUUCAGAUCCUAAGACACGCACUAAAACAUACAGGAAAUGAUCUUUCUCUUUCUGCGCCCCUAAAGUAUGGAAUUCUGUCCCACAAUCCAUCCGCAAUAUACCAACCCCCCAAGCCUUCAAAACUGCUGUCAACACCCAGCUCUUCAAACUCUAAUAUCCGGACUGAUUCCCACCCCAUCUGACCAAUAAACGAUGCUUCUGGCUGCCAUCCAUGGCAUGACAUGUCAAUAGUUCUCGGAUGGGCGGGUCUAAAUAUAUAUGUACAUUUUAGUUUUUACACAGCCGUAUGUAAUUUUUUAAUGUUAUGAUUAUGUUUGCUAAUAUUUAUAUGUGCAGAGCAGUGAGUCCAGCCGUAGGCUGUGGUUCCGCGCUAUUCAAUACCACUGUAAUAAUAAUAAUGUAUCCAACCAUCUUUUCUUUCACAGUCCAAAAAUCCACCAAUGAACUUUUGAAAACCGGAAGCACGGGUGCGACCAUUGGUAUAAGCUUGACCUCCGUGACCUUAGCGGUCGCCCUCCUCGCCGCCAUUGUCGUUUUCGCGUACAGAAGAAAACGGAAGACGAUCCGGUCGGAUAUUUCGACCACUGAGCCGUGUCCGAAUGUCCUCUUCAUGGACGGCGCCACGGAUGUGUCAGGCGAGAUGACGGCCUCAGACAGACGGCCGCUGGUUGAUCAGCAAAAUCAAAUGUUCUUAUAGUUGUUUACUGAGGUUAUUCGUGUGAUCAAAUUCAAAGGAUCUAAUCAUUUCGUGUGUUCAGUUUGUUUUUUUGUUGUGUUUUGUUGUUGUUGUUGUUUUUUUAGUCAGUAAUCUCAUAAAUCCCCAUAAACAUAUAAAUACAUGUUUAAACUCUAUCGAUCUUAAUAAAUUUUAAUUUUGUUAAACCAUCAGCCAUUACUAAGACAUCAUAAAUGUCGCUUUUAUAUUUACUCAAAUGCCAAUAUCACUACCAUGCAUUCCGGUUUUGUGUUAGCUCAUAUACCUUUAUCACCAUAAAAAAUUAACUUACAUUCUAUUUUUCUUCUCACCAUCAAUAUGAUGAAUUCAAUUUAUUUUUUUUUAAAAAUAUAUUUAUUCAAAGUAUAAACAUUGUAAAUAACUUUUAUUUUAUGUCACGUGCCAAAUUAUUACCAUUAUUAAGUCUUAUUUUCGCACUAAGUUAGUUGUACAAAUAAUGAAAGUAUCAAUUCACCAUUACUCGAGCAUGUUGCAUCAACCGCUUGUGAUACGAAUUACUUUUGUAGCUCAAACGAAUGUUUUAGCUAGGAGUAUUUUUUUUUUUACAAAUAUAUCUCCAAAUACAAUAAAAAUAUAUCUAACAAUAACGCAUUUUAAUGGGCGAUGGAAACAAAAAUUGGUAUUAUUGUUUAUGAAAUUUUAAACUUAAUUAAGAGAGUAACGUCCGUGCGCAUAAAUGUUAUUCUUUUAAAGAUAACAUUUCGACACAUAUGGACCUAACUUUCUUUUCUUUCUUUUUUUUUUUUAAAAUGAAAUCAAUUUUUUUUUUAAAAUUUAUUUAUCAACCUACUUUUAAGCACACAAGAAACGCGUGAGUUUCUACAACUACAAGAGACCUUGACCUAUAACUUUUAAUCAGCCGUCCCUGCGAGUCACACAGGUCAAUGUGUUGUGAUUUCUUUACUGCAAUUUGAGUUUGAUAACUUUUGAAACACGUUUUGACUCGACUAUAAAGUGGAUUGGUGCCGGAAUUUUCCAAAACUUGGGUCCAGGGAACUUUCACCUAAAAACAAAUAAAUUACAAAACAUCUUUUGUUAACCAAUCAAACAUCGGGUGAUGGAACUAUUAAGAUAUUAACACAACGUGUAUUUGUGUGCUUUGUCGUUUACUCCCCCUUGAUGUGAAAGGGAGAAAAUAAUAUUUUUUUUAAGACAGAUUGUUUCAUUUAAUUUAUUCACAAUGAGAAUACAACUUAUUCUUUAAAAAAAAAUAUUAAUGUUUACUUUGAAAAUAAAAGACUAAAUAAAUUGUAUGUAAACAAAUAAUUUCUUCUUUUUGUAAAGUGUUCUUUUCAGAGUUUGGAGAUAUAAAAAUUUUUAAACGUAUUUAAGUUUCUGAUGGUGAAACUAAUGUAUACAUACUUUAACUACAAUUCAAGUGGGUCCCGAAAAUUCAGAACGCUGGUCCAAAUUAUAUAGGGACUCUUAAAAGAAAGUCUACAAUCAGCAAAUGGACAAUGAAUUGAAAACUCUGUGAUUCAUGUGUUAGAAUAUAUAUAUG